UUACAAAAUGUGGACAGAAUUUGCAGUUGCUUCAAUUUUAUUACUCAAGCUUCAAGAAGUCAGAGGCACCGAAAAAGAGAAUGCCAUUCAAAAUAUCCAAGUUAUUCAUCUAAUUGACAUCACAACGUUCAUUGUGAAGACUAAAUAUAAAAUAACUUUCAAAAAUGUAGGCUAUCAUCCUACAGACAAAUAUGUCUUCGAGCUUGUUGACAGCCCAGCUUUUACUACUUUCACUGGAGCUAAAAAUGAAACACUUCCCUACGAUAAAAGUAGCACACAGAAUUCCACAGUCUAUAUCGUGAGUUUGAGACAAGAAUUACUUCCAGAAGAAGAGUAUACUAUAAAAAUCAAAUUGAUUUUUCCGUCGAAGUUAGUACCCUCAACUAAGUUCAGCAGGUGUUAUGAUGAACAUUCUUUUCUUUGGAGGGGCAAUAGCGUAUUUUAUUCGAAAUACUUCACCAAAAGUUUUCGCUUCCUAUUCGUGACAGAUCCAGUAUUCAACAGGAAUAUACAAACGUCCAUCAUGUAUGAUUCUUCAGUGAAAAAUAUGCUAAUUUAUUAUGCGAAGAACGUAACUCCUUUCCAAUAUAAAGAAAUUCUGCUAACAUUCACAAGUCCUAUACCAGUGUUUCGAGUGAAAAAGUUGUUUCGGAGUAUUUACGUAUCACAAUUUGGGAAAAUUCAGCUUGAAGAUCAAGUUAUUGUAGAAAACGCAGGUCCUCAAUUGCUUGGGCCCUACUGCAAUACGCAAUCUGACUAUUGGAUGUAUACACAUCUACCCAAGACAGCGGAAAAUAUAAAAUUUUUCGACGUCCUAGGAAACAACAGUAAAACUUUGGUUUACGAGGAUGAAAGGCAUAAAACGCUCAAAUUCAUUCCAAGGUAUUCGUUACGUCAAGGAGGGUGGAAAUCAACUUAUAUUCUUCAGUAUAAUGUUCCGACAUACGAGUAUGUGUUCAGAAAUGAAAUGGAAUACCUCCUGAAAAUUCGCGCAAUAGACCAUAUUCUGAACGAUGUUAUGGUCGAAGACGCCGAAAUAAAGAUCGUUCUUCCGGAUGGGGGCACAAUAUCAUCUGUUAUGGUUCCUCCCAGAUUUGAAAAGUACAAUGAUACAAUUUUUCAUACUAGUUUGAGUAUAUUAGGAAGAUGUACUGUGAACUUGAGAGGAAAAAUUCUGUUGGAAGAGAAUAUAAACGAUAUAAUAAUCAAAUAUCAAUAUUCACAAUUCAAUUUCCUGGUUGCUCCAUUUUUCUUGAUGUUUUUAGUUGAAUCUGUUUUUUUUUCGAUCAUCUUGUGGCGAAAAUAUUCUGAAAAUAUUUUCUAACCUUUGUUUAAUGACAUAUUCAAUAGAAAUUUUUGAGGUACCUUCAUAUUGAAGAAUAUAUUUCAUUUUUAUUCUCUAUUGUAUGAGAGUAUUGCUACAAUAUUCUAGUUAUAAUUAUAAAUGAAGGAAAAUCUUUAUCUCAGAUAAUUGUGUGAAUAUACUUACAAUCGAACUUAUAUUGAACAACUUAUGUACCAAAGCAAUCCAAU